AUGUCUGAGAGUCUUAAGCGUAUAUCUGACCAGGUGAAAAAAGAUGGCGUUUCGGCUCCCGAGGUAUUACGACCUCUAUUCCAGUCGCAUAUCGUCGAAUCAGUUAUAGGACCGUCCCAUAUUGCCUUCAGAUUAGAAGAUGGUCGGGUUUGUCGUGUCGCCUAUUUCCUCCGGUCAGACUCCAUGUCCACUCUAGAGGAGAAAAGAAAGGCGCGGUCAUCUGAUAUGAGAAAUGAUUCUCAUUACAGCCGGGACGUAUCAUCUGGGUCAACACGUUCCUCUGGUGCAUCGGCUACCCUACGUUCUAUGCGCUCGCCAUUGGGUGUCUUAGGCCGCCAUGCCCGCGGCUUGAGUUUCCUCCGUGAAAUGCAACGCCAAGGUAUCUAUCUUGCCCGCCCAAUUAGUUCGCAAAUACCAGCUGCGGAAGUUCCCGAGAGUUUGAUUGAACAGUGUCAAACUGUUUUACAGGGAAAAUCACGGCAACUUAUCGUCCGAGAGCUACAACGCACUAAUUUGGAUGUCAAUAUGGCCGUUAACAACCUUCUGUCACGUGAUGACGAAACUGAUAUAGGCAGUUCCUCUGGAACAGUUGGCGCCCCAUCAGCUGCCGAGGACUGGGAAGAUGAAGCAGAGGAUCUGUUUUCGAUCUUUGAACAUCCAGAGGGCCACCUCUUGUUUGAACCGGAAACAGGCGUCACCGAUGAGUUACUAGACAGGGCCUUCUCUCCACGAUUGCGUGGCGAACUCGGUUCCGAUUACGACUACACAUCCUACAGUGAUCGUCGGAAGCGUCGUCGUUUGGAUGCGCAUUCGUAUGUACGCAAUGCAGACACCUAUGGAGGGCGUUCUACAUCUUCCUACAUUGAAUCGCGAAGGUUCUGGCGCAGUAUCCCCGGCUCUUCUGACGAUCAGCCCCAGCGUGCUGACGAAGACAUCUACGAAUCUGCCAAUCCUCAAUCACCAUCCCAAAAUCGGUACUAUGUGUACCUUGGGGACAAACUAGAGUUUUGGCCACUGUCAACUUCCGAUGCACCAGGCUUCGUUUUUACAGCAAUCGCUGCGCUCUACUCUGAGUUACUCGCCGUAACAAGCUCGGCUACCCUUGGUAUCACUGGCGAAAAGAUCGUAUCCCUCUCAGCCUGUAUAACUCGUGCUUCUGUUGUAACAGCCUCCGGAGCAAUUGCUUCUUGGAUGGAUGACGUUCUGCCUGCUCUCCUGCAAGCUACGGCCUCGUCUUCCAGUUCAUCUAAUGCACUAAGCCUGCGCUCUGCGGUAGCAAGAUUCGAACAUCCUGCUACCCGUUUUGCCGAACUUAAACACGAAACUGUUCGAAAGGUGCACACAGCUACCCUUAUCUCUGUCGUACAGUGUGAAUCUGGCAAUAUCUAUUGGUGCAGUUGUCUGGACCCUAUACAGUCUGCUCGCCUCCAAUCUUCAAUGGAUCAGGUCAGUCAGACUGAAGCAGCGCUUCACGCAUUCGCCUGUCCACAUGCUAUCACCGCAUGGAACAACAGCAACAUGCCAUCAACAAGUUUCGAUCAGUCGGCGACCUUGGCAGAUGGUGCCCUUCCCACGGCUCCUACAACAGGUGAAGGUGGCCUAGGCGGUUCUGGAAGUUCACUCUCGUUGGAGAUGCCUCCACCUCCUUCACCGGCCUCCUCAACCUGUAGUGAUCAAUCUGGUCCAAUCAAACCACGGGGGUCAAGUCGCCGAACAGAAAAGGACAGCAGUACGGAUUUUGGUGGCACUCGACCGGCAACCAAGCGCCAACACUCCUCGACGAAUAGGGCUGGUAACAAUAGCAGUGAAUCGGAGGAGUUGGAGGACUGGUGUCUUAAUGAUGUUGUCUUUGUUGAGGAUGGCCGCACCCAGCCCGUUGGUGUUCUGCUCAAGGUGGAUGGAAAUAUUGCAGCUGUUAAAUUUCUGAAGGAUUGUCGUCUCCUGAAGAAGGACGAUUUGAUGGUUGUUAAGCCCACGGGUCUCCAACGCGUUCCGGACUUUGUUCAGCAUUCUCCCCGAAAGGUCCCCACCUCGUUUUUGUCCUCGAAGGUAAGUGGUGAAAGCGGCCCUGGAACCACUACGGCGCGCAACAGGAAAAAGCUAAUCUCAAUUGCUCCAGAGAAUGGUCGAAUUCACGCCAUUGUUGAGAGGUUGAUUGACAACCCCGCUUCAGGUCCGCCCGCGAUGGACCCGAAAACCCUAGAGUAUCAUAUCUUCACGUUGAUUGGCAAGACAGUCUCUUCCCAUCGACUUCCCAUCCUUGCUCAGGGUGCUCAGCGUCCGGCUUACGACCAGCUUGCGUACACCUGUCCUGCGGAGCGUCCUCUGCUUUUGCGAGAUUCUGCUGGUGUUGUCUUCCCCUUCCUUCCGACCCCACGUUCUGGACAAGAGCCAUGGGUCUUCCCCCAAUGGCUUGACCUUCCUUCAAUUCAGUGUGCUGCACUCAGUUGGCUCAGUCCAUCUUGUCUGUCUACAUUUGGCGACUCACAACCGGCCCCCUCCUCUGGCACUACUGAUGCCAAUUCAAAGAAGAACAAAGAGGCGAAAUCUCGGAUUCCACGCAUUCUGUUUGGCAUCAUAGUCGUCGCUGAGACCUCUCUCAUGCAGUACAUUUUGCGGGCUGAAGAUCAUAAAGUCGAGGAAGCGCUUCGCUCAUUGGCUACCUCGACUGCGAGUAAACUUCAGUCCGUAGUACACGAACUUUCUGACGGUCAUCGUAAUAUACUUCACAUGGCUGUGCUUAUGUGUGCUCCACAGUCCAAUCGUGAAACCGAGUGGUCUGACCGUCUUGUCAACAUUCUGGCAAACCAACCGGAAGGUAAAUUCAAAGGUCUGGAGCUCCGAAACCCCAGCCAAACUUGGAAUCUUACGCCUACCUCGAAACCACUGUUCUCGCUGCUAAAUUUGUAA